AUGAACUCAUUGUCGCGGUCACGGCAUACCAAUAAUGAUCAUUGCCCCGCCCAAUGGUCUCAUCGAAGACCAAAUGCUCGCCCGCUAUCUACAACACAGUAUCUCUCCGCCUCUCCAGAAACUCCAGCCAAUCCCACGGACCUCAGCACGAUCCCCCCGACUCCCAUAACGCACCUCUCGGAGACAGAAGUGCUGAUGGCAGAUUCAAUCCGGAAGUUUGCCGUCGAAACAGUCCUUCCAAAAGUCCGCGCAAUGGACGAAGCCGAAAGCAUGGACAAAGACUUGGUAGAGCAGCUCUUCGAACAAGGAUUGAUGGGCAUAGAGAUCCCCGAGGAUUAUGGAGGGGCAGGCAUGAAUUUUACAGCCGGGAUCGUGGGCAUUGAAGAGCUAGCUCGAGUCGAUCCUUCUGUCUCUGUGCUAGUAGACGUGCACAACACCCUCGUAAACACCACAAUACUGAAGUACGGAACGGAAACCUCAAAGAAGAAGUGGUUACCUCGCUUGGCGACGGCGACUGUAGGCAGCUUUUGCCUCAGCGAGCCUGCUAGUGGUAGCGAUGCCUUUGCGCUGAAGACGAGAGCGGAGAGGACAGGGGAUGGGUUCAAGAUCAAUGGGAGCAAGAUGUGGAUUACGAAUUCUAUGGAAGCGGACCUAUUCAUCGUGUUCGCGAAUCUUGAGCCUGAGAAAGGAUACAAAGGCAUCUCGGCUUUCGUGGUGGAGAAGGGCACGAAAGGUUUCAGCAUUGCGAAGAAAGAGAAGAAGCUCGGGAUUAGGGCCAGCAGUACGUGCGUGGUCACUUUUGACGACGUGGAGAUACCGAAGGAUCAACUUCUUGGAGAGGAAGGGCAGGGAUACAAGUAUGCCAUUGGCAUACUGAACGAGGGUAGAAUAGGCAUCGCAGCGCAGAUGACUGGGCUGGCGCUGGGUGCCUGGGAGAACGCUGCCGACUAUGUCUGGAAUGAUCGCAAGCAAUUCAAUCAGCUCGUGGGCUCAUUCCAAGGCAUGCAACAUCAACUGGCACAAGCCCACGUCGAGAUCUGUGCCGCUCGUGCUCUAGUAUACAAUGCUGCGCGUAAGAAGGAGGCAGGUCUUGACUUUGUGCGAGAUGCUGCUAUGGCGAAGCUAUACGCAUCGCAGAUAGCAGGAAAGGUAAGCGGCCAAGCGGUGGAAUGGAUGGGUGGUAUGGGGUUCGUACGAGAGGGUCUCGCAGAGAAAUUCUUCAGGGACAGCAAGAUCGGAGCAAUCUAUGAAGGGACAAGUAAUAUACAGCUGAAUACUAUCGCUAAGCUAUUACAGAAAGAGUACACGAAAUGA